AUGCGUUCUGUUGCAUUUGGAUUAGCUGCACUUGCCUCUGUGGCUCUCGCUGCUAUUGAUACACAGCCUGUGCGAUACCCUAUCACUCGAGUGACCCGACGCAGUGUACCACACGAUGAUCCUCGUUAUUACCGCAAUCGUUUCAACCCUAUUCAUUACGAUUCCAUCAUGGAUGAUCUUGAGGAUUUGAUGUCUGGCAACGAUGAUGGCAGCAACAGUAACAACGACCAAGCUCAACAACAACAACCAGCUAGUGGAACAGCACCUUUAUUGAAUGAUCUCGAGUUGUAUGAGCUUGCCAUCAAUGUAUCUAUUGGCACACCCAAUCAAACCUUCCUUUUAUUAUUCGACACUGGAAGCUCGGAUACAUGGAUCCCUUCUCAAGCGUGUACUCAAGAAGAAGGAUGUGUUUCAGGCAACCAAUUCAACCCCGAUCAGUCAUCCACUUAUCACUCAACCAACUAUCCCCUGAAUAUCACUUACGGCACAGGCAACGCACUUGGCGAUUACUUUGUUGACACCAUUAGCGUUGGUAACUUGACACUUGAUAAGCAAGUCCUUGCUGUGGUGGAUACCAAUGAGGGCCCUAUCGCACAUCAAAAUACGACCGAGGAAGGUGGUGAUGAAUACGUACUUGAUGGCAUUCUUGGUGCUGGUUAUCCUGCAGGCACCAUCAUGUUCCAGCGAUUCAAUCAAUCGUAUUAUCCUUUCCCACAAGCGCUUUGGCAAGCACACAAGAUCCCUGAGCCCAUUUUUUCAGUGUACAUUGGUGAAUCGGAAGAGGCCGAGUGGUGUGGUGAAGUCGUCUUUGGCGGUGUGAAUCAAGAAAAGACAGCUGGUGACAUGGUGUAUACCGAUGUUGUAACCUAUGUUCAGAAAAGCACAGGUCUCAAGGUCCACACGCGAUGGAAUGCUAUUGUGCAGGGAUUCCAAUUAGGCACUGCCGAUUUUAGGUUGCCACCCAACACACCUUUUACCAUCGAUACCGGUUCCAAUUUCAUGUACUUGCCCCUUGAUCUCGCCAACAAUCUCGCAAAGGCUAUUCGUGAUGAUGUUCAAGUUGUCGAUAACCAGUACGUUGUUGAUUGCUCUGUUUUGGAGGAUGAAACCGAUUUGAAGAUUAUCUUCCCUCUCCAAGGCAACGCUGCCCAAUCCGUUUUUAUCAGCACUCCUGUCAAGAAUCUUGUUGCACGUCGUGUUGAGGAUGGUGUCUGUAUCCUUUUCUUUGUCCCAUCGGAACAUUACAUCCUUGGUAACAUGCUCCUUCGCAACUUUGUCACCGUCUACGACUUUGGUCAACAUCGUAUUGGUUUUGCACCCGCCAUAUCAGAGGAAAAAUCCGACCAAGAAGACCAACCUAAUGAAGGCGACGAUGAUGGCGACGACGAUGCCGGCAUUGACACCAUCAACAGAACUGAAGACGACAAUGCAAGCGAUUCUGAUAAUGGAAGCAGCGUUGGUACUGAAGGUACCCUUGGUUUCGGCAAUGCUGAAGGUGUCACUGGUCCUGGCAACGGCCUUGGUGAUAAUGCCAAUACCACUGGUGACUCGAAUGGUGCUCCUGUUGAUGAUGAUGGCUCUACCAAUGCUACUGGUGCCAGUGGUGGUGAUAUCAACACUGAUCCCCAGGCAACCACUCCUCCCGCUGAUGAUGAAGCUGCUGCUGCUGCUGCUGAGCAACCCAAUGUUGAGAAUUUGCAACAACCACAACAGCCACAGGAUGAUACCACUUCUCUAUAG